UCAAUUCAAAGAUCAAGACUUCAUAAUCAUGCGUUCUGUCACUUUUGUAGCCAGCCUACUAGGUGCAACAUCUCUAACCGCUGCGCUCCGCGUCGCGCCGCGGCCGAAUAACCACGGUACGACACCCGAAGGUUUUCUUAAAGCAGACCCCGCUAGUCUUGACAAGGUCGAGAUUACGCAGAAGAAUUUACUUGUUGGGAGGUCAACUAGUCCCAGAAGUCAGGUCCUGACAGAUCGCGCUCCUAACUCUCCCUCCUUGAUGGUGAAACUGGUUAAUAAUUUUGACAGGAAAAAUACUAUCAGAUCCUAUAUAUCCGGACUAGACGCUACUGGUAAGGUCUUCUUUGUCUCCCCUGAUGGUAAGCUUGUCUAUCCCAAAUCCAAAGACCCUCGCGUACGGAGCGAGAUUAUGGAAGAUAUUACCUUGUUUCUAGGCCCUCGAAAUCAGCCUCUCGAAGUCCCACUGCCUUCCUUUAUUCGCUCAGGUCGCAUCUACUUUGCAGACAGCGACCUGCGUUUCUUUGUUGUGAACAUGGGAGAAGGCGAUAGCGUGAUUCAACCUUCGGUUACCAAUCUUCAAGAUCCAAAUGCACAGGUGAACUGGGGCUUUGUAGAACUGAGCUAUAUGGAUGAUUCGUUAUAUGCUAACAUUAGCUAUGUUGAUUUUGUCGGUAUAGUGCUAGGGAUGAUGCUUACUGAAAAAGACGGUAGUACCCAGACCACUGCGGGCCUAGUAGCCGAUGCUGUUACCAAGAUUUGUGAUGACCUGGCCAAACAGAAAGAGACAGAUAAGCGCGAUUGGGCUUCACUCUGCAUCGCGAACGCCGAUGGGAAGCCUGUCCGUGUCCUUUCGCCCGGAAACAAGCACGACCUCGACCCCAAGCUUUUCGACACGUAUUGGGAUACUUAUGUGAACGAGGUAUGGAAUAGAUACACAGCGCAAGAUCUCACUAUCAACACACAAACGAGUGCUGGUCGUGUUAAGUGUAGAGUUUCAGGCGAUCAGCUUCUCUGCGAGGGUAGCGAUCGCGGAUUCGCCAAACCCACGGGUAAAGACAUCUGGGGCUGUAACAGCGGUCCGUUUGCUAUUUCAGAAGGUGACACCCCAGUCCAUGCUGCCGUAGUUCCACGCAUCUGUGCCGCAUUCGUUCGAUCAACCCUUCUUCUUGAUGGUGGUAACGACCAGCCGAGCCUAGGUCAGAGCUCGUACUAUUCAGUCAGUCCUACUAACCACUAUAGCCGCAUCGUUCACUCCUAUGAGGUUGAUGGUAGAGGCUAUGCCUUUCCUUAUGAUGACGUUAAUCCCGAUGGAAAUGAGGAUGCCUCUGGGGUCGUGAGUUCUGAUAACGUCCAGUCUUUAACUGUCUAUGUUGGUGCACCACCGCCUACACGAGGCCAAGAUGAUUAAGUAGCAAUUUCUAACUCUGCCUGGCUUUUUGCUUGUUGACAAAUCUACAAUAGGUACAUGGUAUUAAGAUGAGACACUAACCCGCCCAUUACCUUCAUCGAACACAGUGCUUCCCUCUGACACUUUCAUAUAGUACAACGAGAAGACAUGGACCGAUGGGAUACUGAAUUUAGUAGUCGAUCACAGUUGUGUAAUAGGAUUCUGAUAUCAAUAUAGCUAGUAGGAACUUAGUACGAAGAACAGAAAACUUUUGCAGAAGAUCGUACUUGAAGAAGGGGCGACUGCUGGUCGGAGCAUAGAUCUGGGUAAUCAUCAAAAGGGGGAUGUUGGCAGUCGCGGUUGCAUUUUUCAGGAGGGUUGAU